AUGUAUACACGCUGCACAUGCAGGUAGACAUGCAUCCACCACAUACAUGCUUCUAUAGUUCUAUAUAGCAACCAGAAUAGAUCAGGGAAAGCAACGUGUCUGUGUUUGAGAGGACCGAAUUAAGCCUGUCCUCUUUAUAGAGCUCGAUAUAUGGCUGAUAACAGGGAAAAUAAGUUAAGCAUUAGGGAAGGAUUUAAGUACCAUUUCGAUGGUGCUAGCAGUGCUUCGGGUGAAGAUCAUGCCGCCAUGAAAGAGCAAGAUCAGCUGCUCCCCAUAGCUAACGUUGGGAGGAUCAUGAAGCAGAUUCUUCCUCCAAACGCCAAAAUCUCAAAGGAAGCGAAAGAAACCGUGCAAGAGUGUGUUUCCGAGUUCAUUAGCUUUGUUACUGGAGAAGCCUCGGACAAGUGUCGCAAGGAGAAGCGCAAGACAGUGAACGGGGAUGAUAUCUGUUGGGCCAUGGCAACCCUAGGAUUUGACGACUAUGGAGAGCCGUUGAGAAGGUAUUUGGAAAGGUAUAGGGAGUUGGAAGAGGAGAGAGCUCAACAAGGUAGGUUCAGCAACGGUGAAGAAAAGAACGAGACAUCAAUUUCCUAUGGAGCUCAAACACCAAAGAAAGUUGCAGUUGUUCCGAGUACUACUCCUCACUUGAAAUUCAAUUAAUGUGAUUGAUAGAAGUAAUAAUAGCUCUCAGUCCAGGCGAGUUUGAAAAACAUGAAGCAUGGUAACAAUCUCUAGUCUUACAUAUAUUUAUAAACAUUUUGAUGCUGAUAAUGAUAUUGUAGACACUUCAUCA